GAAAAGAGGGGGGGGAUGCUGAUGCAGAGGUACUCAGCUGCUGCAAGGGCAUGGCAUUUUUCCCAGGCGCUCAUUCAUCGCUGCCAGGACCGACGCCCACGAAGCGGGUGACUAAGGCCAGCCGAUCAUAUUCCCUAAUCGCCAUUGGCCUCGACAGGCCCGGUCACGUUGGGGCCCAGACUGCUUUGCGUUAGACCGGAUUUCAGGUCCACCUUCAAAAGGCCGGUUGCUUUCUCCCCACAUCACUCGACCUGCUCCCUCUCCCCUUCUCCGUCCACACCUCUGCCUUCUAUCCCUUCUGCCGGUUGCUCUUCAUGCCUUCUCUCAGCGUCUCUGCAGACAAUUGUGGCACAUCACCUUCUGUUAAUGUCCGACACCUGUAUUGUGUGCUUAGGAGACCUUGGCGAAAGCGCCAGCGAUCCUCUUGCCAACGCCGCCGAGGCCGCGCCAAGACUUGACCUUGAGGCAGAGGGAAAGUCGACGGACUCCCUCAAGGCAGAAGGCGUAGAUGGCAGUGAGGACUCGGGUCAGAUCGCUCAACUUCUCCCUUGUGGGCAUAUCCUGCACAACAACUGCCUCAGACCCUGGGUCGAACGAGCCAACAGCUGUCCGAUAUGUCGUCGGAGUUUCAACGUCGUCGAGCUAAGUGACCGACCGGGAGGUCCCGUGAUAUCCUCUUAUGCCGUACAGGAUCGAACGCAGGUGGCAGAUGUCGACCCCUCAAUGAUUAUUGAAUAUAUAGACGAUGACUUUGCCGAUCACCAACCCUGUCCGAUCUGCGGCGAUGCAGAUAACGAGGAGCUCCUCCUCCUUUGUGAUGGGUGCGAUGCACCCUCUCACACAUACUGUGUCGGUCUUGAUUCCAUCCCGCCGGGCUCCUGGUACUGCGCACGGUGUACCCAGCGUCGUCGCGGACAGUCCCCUGAGACCGCCGAUCGGUCUUCUCGGACACAGGAGAGGCGGGGCCGUCGUACGAGGGCCCAGCAGCGCAUGCUGCAGAGCCGAAACCAGAUGAACUCGCUCGACUGGGCCCGUGUGUGGCAAUCUGUCUGGGAUCAUCUCAGUCUUGACUUGGACUUUCCCUUUGAUGAUGACAGGGUUGCUGAACGCGCCCGACAACAGCAACGUCGGGAGGAGGCCAAUCAGCGGGAGUUUCGAGCCUGGCAACGUCGCUUUGAAGUUGCGGAACGACAGGGUGGCAACAACCGGUUCCGAGACACUGCCGCUCUUCUGGAUAUCGAGGCACCUCGACCGUCGCGGCCCCGCGUACCGCGUGAACCUACACCUGAGCCCGAAUCUCUUGAGGAGAUGAGGGCUUGGAACGCUUUCGAGCGAGCUCGGGAAAUCGAAAACGACCCAAGUGCAGCCAGGAAACGCAAGGAACCUACAUUGUCACCAUCGCCCGAACCUACUGAACCCGAACGCAAGCUCAAACGGCCUCGGACACGAAGGGCUGAAGACCUAGCAGCUCGAGCCAUGCAGAAUGGCGAGUCGUCAAGAGCUGCUAGCGCGCAUGCAACUGCUCGGAUCAACGCUGAAAACUCGAGCGAACCAAGUUUUCUCCAAUCACUUCUGAAGGAGGUUGAAGAAUCGUCCAACCCCAAUGGAGUCCAGUCUCAUGGCGCCUCAGGUCAAUCUUCGAUUGCACCCACCGAUCAUCCGACGCCUGGGCCUUCCUCCCCUUCCAUCUCGCCUGCUCCCUCAAACCACUCCUCCCCGCGAUUAUCAUCUGUCACACCGCCACCAAACCUUAGAAGCAGGCCCAUGUCUCCACUACAACUCGGGUCGCCAACAGACCCAUCCUCUCCUCCCUUCUCACCGGACGUGUCCCCGGCUGGCUCUACUCGAAGUACCCAGGAUGAUCUACCAUCCCACUUUACUACAAUCCGGCUGAAUCGCCGUAUUCCUCGCUCCUUGACACGAUCGGCAUUGAACCGGUCGGACGACAGCUCGCCGGUUCGCCCCGGCUUGUCUCUCGACGUCAAGUCUGAUGUCCAGAGAUUGGUGGGAACAGCACUCAAACCCUAUUAUCGGUCGAGGAUCAUAUCCAAAGAUGAGUACACUGAUAUUAACAGAACCAUAUCUCGGAUGCUGUACGAGCGAGUAGGGGGUGUGGAAACUCUCGAGGCCGCUGCCAAGGCCACCCUAGAAGGGGUGGCCAAGGAGGAAGUCGAGAAAGCCGUUGAUGCGUUGAAGCAACGGAAGGAACUGAAUGACCAUGUCGAUGAGAGCUCUUGAUACAUAAUAGCGUCUUGCAUUUCCCGGCGUUUAGCAAUUCAUCCGGUUUGUGUGAAGGGAAAGAGUUUCUGGCGUUUGUAGCAACUCCCGUUCGGCGGGAACUCGACGGGAGGCUUGGAUACCCUUUCCGAAAUAUACUGCAGGUUGGGUGGCUGGUGUUGGGCACAGCAUACUGUAGCAUUGUCUUGCAUUUAUUAUAUACCUGAGUGAUACUACCAAUGCCAUUUUGCUGGGCCCGAUGGCUGGAACUGGGCCAGUCAGCUUGAUCUU